AUGGCCAACAACGAUACAAACGAGCCCUUGCUAUUGAGAUUGCAGGACACUGAACCUCAAAAGGGUAAAAGACGGCUUAACCAAAGAAGGCUCCUCCGUUCUCGAAGUGCUCCUGAUACAGAUCAACGUCCUCUGGUGAGAAACGGCAAUGAAUCAAAUCCUCUUUCUGAGCCCAUGUUUGGGAAUCUACAUCCAAGCUUUAGAAAAGUUGCUAUAAUCCUUAUGGUCUAUUUAGGCGUAGGAACAUUAAUCUUCUAUUUUGCGAGGAACCAAAUCAAGGGAAUGAAAACAGAUAGAUUCCUUGAUGCUCUAUACUUCACAAUUGUGACGAUGACCACUGUUGGAUAUGGAGACCUGGUUCCCAAUAGCGACCUUACAAAACUACUCGCCUGCGCUUUUGUUUUCUCUGGAAUGGCGUUGAUGGGGGUAAUCCUAAGCAAAGCAGCAGAUUACUUGGUUGAGAAGCAAGAAGUUUUGCUAAUUAAAGCCAUCCACAUGCACCAAAAAGUUGGUCCAAGUGAAAUAUUAAAGGAGCUUGAGACCAAUAAAACAAGAUACAAAUUUAUUCUGGUCCUUUUCCUUCUUUUGAUUCUCGUAAUUACGGGGACAAUCUUCUUAGUCUCUGUUGAAAAAUUGGAUGUUAUUGAUGCAUUGUACUGUGUUUGUUCAACAAUUACAACACUUGGUUAUGGAGAUAAAAGUUUCUCUACUCAAGCUGGUAGAAUAUUUGCAGUGUUUUGGAUAUUAACCGGUACUAUUUGCGUAGGUCAGUUUUUCCUCUACAUGGCGGAACUAAACACUGAAAGUAGACAAAAGGCACUUGUCAAUUGGGUUCUUACCAGGAAAAUGACAAAUUUUGAUUUGGAAGCUGCUGAUCUUGAUGAGGAUGGCACUGUUGGGGCUGCUGAAUUCGUAAUUUAUAAGCUGAAGGAGAUGGGGAAGAUUAGUCAAGAAGAUAUAACACUUGUGAUGAAGGAGUUUGAAGAGCUUGACAUUGAUCAGUCUGGUACACUGUCUGUUUCUGAUAUAACCCUUGCUCAAUCAUCUUAG